AACAACUGUACAGUUACACAAACUACGGGAUGGAUGUAUCCACGCCCACGACCCCGGGCGACUGCCUACCAGGGCUAUUCCAGCACAUGGACUCCUUGAGCCCAGGGUUGGACUCCGAAUUUGACGAGAGUCUUGCAGUACCCGAGUCACUCUCAGUUAUAGACAUAGAUAAAGUUGACAAUAAGGAUUCUGACGCAGUACUUGCCAAAUCGGUGCCAUUCAAACACAUCCACGAACCACCUAUAAAAUUCAAUUCGGUUCAUAGGAAAGUGUUCAUUCCUGGAGUCGAAAUAAAGGUGAGAUUUGUCGAAAACGAAAGGAGUGUUACAACACAUCUGCUGAAUCCAAAUUUGUAUACAAUAUCCCUGCAACAUGGCGACUUCACGUGGACGAUCAAGAAGCGAUACAAGCACAUAUUAAAUCUGCACCAGCAGUUAACUCUAUAUCGCGCGUCACUAAACAUACCGUUUCCAACGAAGGCCCAUAAGUCUAGGAGGGCUAGCUUCAAGAACACGGUGGACACUGAAGAGAAAGCCGAAAGGGUGGCUCUCGAAGCUGUCCCGAGGAGUAACUCGAAACGCAUAACCAAACCGAGGAAGAGAAAAGGGGCUUUGCCAAGGUUUCCGAAGAAACCAGAAGUCAUGAUCACGUACGAAGGUAUACAAUUGCGAAUGAAACAACUAGAAGAAUAUUUAUAUAAUCUCCUGAACAUAUCCAUAUACAGGAAUCAUCACGAAACGGUGAAAUUUCUUGAGGUUUCAAACUUAUCAUUCAUAUCGGAGCUCGGAAGCAAAGGAAAGGAAGGCAUGAUACAGAAGCGGACCGGCUCCACGCAGCCCGGUCAGGCCGGAUGCAACUGCUUCGGACUCCUGGGCACCGUCGUCUGUGUCAGGUGUAAUUACUUCUGCACCGGUCUGGUCUGUGCUAAAUGGCAGGAGCGCUGGUUCUUCGUCAAGGACACAUUCUUCGGUUACAUAAGACCCCGGGACGGAAUUGUCAAAGGCAUUAUGCUGUUUGAUCAAGGUUUCGAGGUAUCAAGUGGCAUGUACUCAACUGGGAUGAAUCACGGUCUUCAGAUAUUGAACCAGAGCCGACAAAUGGUCAUCAAGUGCUGGACGAAACGAAAAAGCAAGGAGUGGAUGAACUACCUCAAGACUGUAGCUAAUCAGAGUGCCCGCGACUUCACGUACCCGAACGUGCACCACUCGUUCGCGCCCCCCCGGCCCGCCACCCCCGCGCGCGCGCUCGUCGACGGCGCGGAGUACUUCUCGGCGGCGGCCGACGCCAUGGAGCUGGCGCGGGAGGAGAUCUUCAUAGCCGACUGGUGGCUCAGCCCCGAGGUGUACAUGAAGCGGCCCGCGCUCAACGGAAACUAUUGGAGGCUCGAUAUGAUCUUGAAGAGGAAAGCGGCGCAAGGUGUGAAAAUAUUUAUAUUGCUGUAUAAAGAAGUUGAAAUGGCGCUCGGCAUCAACAGCUACUACAGCAAAAGUAGAUUAGCUAAUGACAAUAUUAAAGUUUUCCGUCACCCAGACCACGCGAAGGCCGGCGUGUUCUUCUGGGCGCACCACGAGAAGAUCGUCGUUGUCGACCAGAGCGUCGCCUUCCUGGGGGGCAUCGACCUCUGCUACGGCCGCUGGGACGACCACAGACACAGGUUGACGGAUCUCGGUAAUAUAGCUCAACCGAAGAACUCUAUAAGGACUAAGAAGAAGACUUCCAGUUCGCCGGGAGGGGGCGGCCUGUACAUACACAACGCGAAUGGCAUCGACGCCGCGCUGGAGCUGGCCAAGACCUCCAGAGAUAUCGUCAUCGGAUUGAAUGAUUUAGAACUACAAGAUUUGAAUGCAAAAGAACGUGAAUCAAGUCAGCCGGAACAAAGCGAAGAGACCGAGAGCGUUCCGGAGCCGGAGCUGCCCGUACUAGAGCCGGGCGACCGCCUCAUGAUCGCCACGCGGCCCGACUACAGGACCGACACGCCCGAGAUACAGAAGCGCAACGUGCUCGACAAGCUGACGGACCGCGGGAAGGACAUCAUCAGCAGCAUACUGUUCGACGAGGAGAGGAACGAGCACAAGUUCGACGAGUCCGAGCGGAAGAAGGCCGAGAAGUACGCGCGCUCCAACGACUCCGUGCUGCUCACGGACGCGCUGGGCGUGCGGGGGGCGGGGGGGACGGCGCGCACCCCCGCACCCCUCGCGCAGGUCGUCGAGGGACGCGUCAUCACCGAGAGCACGAAGGACGCGCUGGAAGGCGUCGAGGGGAACUCGAAGUUGUGGAUCGGGAAGGAUUACACGAAUUUCAUUGUUAAAGAUUUCAACAACUUGGAUCUGCCGUUUGUCGAUCUAGUCGACCGCAACACGACGCCGCGCAUGCCGUGGCACGACGUGGGGCUGGUGGUGCAGGGCGCGGCCGCGCGGGACGUCGCGCGACACUUCAUACAGCGAUGGAACGCUAUCAAACUAGAAAAGGCUAGACAAAACACAAACUACCCUUACUUAGUGCCGAAGACAUACAGCGACAUAGAGCCGUUAGGGGACUUCGACAAAUUACUGAACAUCGAUAUGAACAACGUGUCUUGUCAGGUUCUACGCAGCGUGUCGAGCUGGUCGGGCGGGUUCCUCGACCCGGACACCGUGGAGCAGAGCAUCCAUGAAGCGUACGUGGAUACGAUAACGAGGGCGCAGCACUACCUCUACAUCGAGAACCAGUUCUUCAUCACGCUGUCUCGAUCCAGCGUUGCGGUCCGGAACCAGAUCGGCGAGGCGCUGUUCAACCGCAUAAUGCGCGCGCACCGCGGCGGCGAGGCGUUCCGCGUGUACGUGGUGAUGCCGCUGCUGCCCGCCUUCGAGGGCGAGGUGGGCGCGCCCUCCGGCACCUCGCUGCACGCCGUCACGCACUGGAACUACCAGAGCAUCAGCAGCUCGACGUCAGGAAUAGGUGAGGAAGAACUUGACCGAAUGGAAGGAGCUGUCAAUGUUGAAAAACUUGGAGAUCCUAGGGAUUCACUAUCCCGGGAUUCAGAAUCAUGUUCUGGUAUCCCCGGAUCGGGAGGUUUAUUUUUGUCAGAAUUCAUAUUACAUUUUAUAAGUGAGGGUACACCAUAA